ACACAACCACGGUAGGAUCGGUACAAGAAAUCACCCUUAGCACAGGGACGCGAAACAGCAAGCACAGCAAUGUCGGGCGUGUGGGAGUUCAAGAACGGGGUGGUGAGGCUCCUGGAGAAGACGACGAAGCAGGCGGGGGCGGCGCCGUGCGAGGGCAAGAAGGCGCUGGUGCACACGCCUUCGGGCCAGACGGUGGCGUCACACGAAGCCCUGCAGCGGUGCCUGCAGCAGCUCGGCUGGGAGCGCUACUACGAGGACCCCGCCCUCGUGCAGUUCCACCGCCGCAGCAGCGUCGACCUCAUCUCGCUGCCCGCCGACUUCGCCCGCGUCGGCGCCGUGCACAUGUACGACAUCGUCGUCAAGAACCGGGACUACUUCACGGUCGUCGACGCCGCCUAACCGUUGCUCGCCGUCGCCACCCGGUCGUUUGGCUUGGCUUUAGGCCUGGCCAGUUGUAAGUGUGCUCUUUUAUGGUUUGUGAUAUGAUGCUUGCGUGUGUGCUAUAUAUACAUAUAUAUGUAUGUGUGUGUCGAAGUAUAUCUUCUGUGAUCUUGUCAUCAGUGUGUAAUUAUUGUUACGAUUUGAAUCUGUGGGUACUUUGUUCGUCUACGUACGCGAAACGAAGGUUCCUACAGCUACAGCUAACGAAUAAAGACACGCACGCAUGAUUUGAGCGUGUCGCCUGCUUA